AUGUUAAACUGUGUGCGGAAGUCUUCUAUUGCGGAACAGGACGAUCCAACAAUCAGAACUCCAGUGGUCCUCAGAAGACAGCUCUCUAAAGAAAAGAAACGAAAUUUCAACAAAAAGCAGGAUGAGAUCCGUAAGCGCUAUGCACACCAGCAUACCCAGUUCCAUGGUUUCAACAUAAUGUGUGGAAGUUUCUGUGAAACAUACAUCCAGGAUAGCGUUAAGGCUUGUGUUAAUAAACCAGCGCCAUCCAUUUUUAUCAUUGCUAAAUUUCUACGUCCCUGGAUCCUACCUUCUAGAGUCUGAAUGUGUGGAAUUCCCUGAUGCAAGGUCUCAGGAUUUUGAGAGCGGAAUGCACCCUUUCAAUGACCUCAUAGUCACUUUCUCCGGACAAGAGGAAGACGAUAAACGUGUCCAGAUGAAGCAUCCAAUGAUUGCUGAUCAGUGUGUUAAGUUACUGGCACAGGGCGGUGUGACCAGGGGUGGCACAACAAGAAACUUCUUGAAGUACUUUUGUAAGGCAGAGGUGCAACAACAUUUGGUGCCCGUCAUCAAAGCCAUGCUAACUAAGAGGGAAAUCACAGAAGCAAAAGGAGGAGUGGAGGAACAGCAGAAUGAAGAAGAGGAAACACAGGAUCCCUUUUCCAAACUGAUUCAAGAUUUAAAGAAGAAUGAAGGAUUUGACAUGUGUGAACACAUUCUGAAAGAAGCAGUGGAUAAGUUCGGGACAAAUCCUUUUUUCCCUCAAGCUCUAGCACGCCUCUACAUUGAAAAAGCUGAAAAUUGAGCUUUAAAUGCUAAAGAGAGGGAUCCCAACAACUCCUUCAUCGCAGAUACUCUUGGGCAAGUUCACAAGGGCAAUUUAAGGACGAAAAUAGCAGACACAAAGUGUCCUGCAUGUAAGAUUUUGGGAAUAGCAGGAAAGGCUAUAAACACUUUCAAAGAAGAGGAGAAGGCUGCCGAAAAAGAAGUGGAACUAGAAUCAUACAGUUUCAAUAACAGGGGAAGCUUUGGCUAG